AUGCCCUCGGCCGAUGGCCCUGGCACGGAGAGCAUUGCCAUGGUGGACUUUGCAAAGACGAGGUCAGGCACAGCAAAUGUGCCAGCGCCGCCUCAGGAGACCACAGGUCUGCGUCGUCGUUUCAGCAUCCGACGAGCCUGGACGCACCAUCGAGAGCAGACGAUAAACGACCGUAACCGUCUAGAAAGCGCUCGCCUGAACGUCGAAUCCGACGAGCUCUACCGCCAAAGAAGACGAAGCUCGGCUGUUGACAUGGAGAUGGUUGCUGAGCUCCUGGAGAAGGAUCACCUCGAUACCGACACCCACGGCAUCUCGGAAAUCCGCGAUGGAUGGUUCGACGCCGUCUACCUCAAGCAACGGCCCCUCGACUACCAAAGGCUCAUGAGACAUGCAGAAUCUACUCUCCCUGCCGCUUUUGCGAAAGACCCGCCUCUUUCCUUGCAGCACUUUCUGCCCAAACAGAGACGUCAACUGCGAUCUGUAUUCUUCAAGGUCAUGACCACGAGGUCGGGCGUCAGGCUCUUCAAAGCCUCUCUCGCCUUCUUCAUCGCGUACUGCCUGUGUCUUGUCCCACAGGUGAGGGAGUGGCUGGGCCGUUACAACUACAUCAUGGUUGUUUCUGUCAUCAUCAACCACCCGGCCCGGCCAAUGGGGCCUCAGCUCGACGGCACCAUCCUCACCAUUCUCGGCACCAUUUCAGGACUUGCCUGGGGCGUCAUUGGCCUUAUUCUGUCGUAUUCCACCGUGGAUGCCCGCACAGGCUAUGGUGCUAUUCUCGCCCUAUUCUUCUCCAUCUUCAUUGCCUGUGCUGCAUAUAUCCGAGCCUACUGGACUAGAUUCUACCAGUUUUCGAUUUCCGCCGGCAUUGCCAUGUGCUACAGCUGCCUCGCCGAAGUGAACGGCGAACAGGUUAGAUAUAUCAAAUUCUGGUCGUACGGCAUUCCGUGGAUUCUCGGUCAGGCUAUUUCUCUAGUCGUCAACCUCGCGUUCCUCCCCGAUGCAGGCUCCCGUGCUCUGGCCGAGACACUUCACGAGGCUUUCCUCAUCAUGCAAGACGCCCUGGAGAUUCCUAGACCGCGCAACGUACUCCUCAGGCGGUCCUUGGCCCGCGUCUUCGUGGCAGUUGGCGUCGCAUACCGCGACCUCCGCCUCGACGUAUCUUUCACGCGAUACAACCCCGUCGAGGUCCGUGAGCUGCGUAACCUGAUACAGGGAGUCAUUCGUUCAAUUUUACUGCUCAAAACCGAAACCAGACUGUUCGAGAGAUGGGAUUUGCCUGAGGCUGGCAUUGUUCCCGUCACAGUAACUGCGUUUGAGACGAUAGCCACGGAUGUUGACGGCUCUACGGAGGCUUCCUCUGGUGAUACCAAAACAAUGCCAGGAGAUGAUGAAGACGCAUUGCUCCGACUCGUUGCCUUGAAACUGGCCGCGCCUACCGAGGACAUGCUGUUGCACAUGAGAAGCGUCAUCCGCUCUUGCGAUGCUGCGCUCAUGGACAUGUCUGGCUACCGCUCGGCUCUGGGGCCACCGAAAGACGAAGCGUACGACGUUGAUCAGGCCAAGAAUCUUCUACGCAAGGCAAUCGACGAUUUUGAUCAAGCAGAUCAAGAGCUGCAGUUGUCGGGCGUCCUACCCGACACGCUUCGGAUCAAAGAGGUGUCCAACAUUCUUGUUUUCGCACAUCACAUUCGUGGUGCGGCUGGGUCGAUAGACACUUUAGGUGUGCACGUCAGCGACAUGAAGCAGAGCGCGGGACGGCCCAAGUUCUACCUCCCGACAUACUCUCUUCACAAGGCCAUCAACUACGCCAAUGCGCAGAUCAGACGAGACCGCGGAGGCGUGUCAGCCAGCAAUGUCAAGAUGACUUUUGACGACAUCACAACACUAAUCGAAGCCAUUCAGUCUAGGGAACAUCGGCCUGCUCCGAGAUCGAGAAAGAGCUCCAUAUCGGGUGCGACAACUCCUCCGGAGAGGUCACCGACCACCAUGGAGGCCGAGGAGAUGCCCAAUCCAGAAUCGAAACACAGUAAGUUUGGAUACCAGAUCUGGCGCAUCCUGCAUCGGCUGCAGGGAUUCGAGAGCAAGUAUGCGCUCAAAGUCUGCAUGCUCACUGCGCUGCUGGCCAUCCCAGCCUGGCUCGAGAAGAGUCGAAGCUGGUGGAACCUAGAGGAGUCUUGGUGGGCGGUCGUCAUGGCAUGGGUCAUGGUUCAUCCGAGGAUCGGUGGCAACAUGCAGGAUCUUCUAAUGCGAGCACUCUGCGUCACCCUCGGGGCUGUCUGGGCUGGGGUCGCGUAUGCUGCGCGCAACGGAAACCCCUAUGUCAUGGCCGUCUUUGCCCUUAUCUACAUGCUGCCAAUGCUUUAUCGCUUUACGCAGAGCUCUCAUCCGCGUUCUGGCAUCGCGGGAUGCCUGUCUUUCAGCGUCAUUUCCCUGGCACUCGUCACGGCUGAUGAGCAUCAAUCCGCCGCUCGAAUGGCUGCGACACGCGGACUGGCAUUCCUUGUUGGCACUGUCAACGCCGUCAUGAUAAACUGGAUUCUAUGGCCGUUCGUCUCGCGCCAUGAACUUCGAAAGGCUCUGUCCUCCAUGCUGUUCUUCCAAUCUGUUCUCUACAGAGGUGUGUUGUCCAAAUACGUCUAUUACGAAGAACAGAAACAGCCCACAAAGCAAGACAUUGAACGUUCAGAGAUGCUCGAGGGUCGUCUCCGUGAGGGCUUUGUCCGAAUCCGCCAGCUCCUCAUCAUGACACGGCACGAGCUCCGCCUCCGUAGCCCUUUCGACCCGCUGCCCUAUUCAGCGCUUGCCGACGCUUGUGAGAAUUUCUUUGAGCAUCUCAUCGCUGUGCGCCAGGCUGCGCUUAACUACGACCCCGGCUAUGUUCGCGACAAUGACGCCGCAGCUGAGAAACUACUGUCUUAUCGCCGUGAUGCUGUGGCUUGUAUCCUGAGCAACCUGUACAUCCUCGCUGGGGCUCUGAAGACUGACCGCAAGGUACCUCGGUAUCUUCCCAGCGCAGCUGUGGCGCGCAAACGCCUCCUCGACAGAAUGGCCGAGAUUGAAGCCGAAGAGCUCGCCGCGCAGAAGAUGCAUGUUACAUCAACGGGACUACACGUCUCACUCGCAUCAAAUGGGAAAUGGGCCCAGGUCUACGGCUUUGCCUUCAACGAGAGCUUGACGGGAUGUGUCGCGCAGUUGGAGGAGCUGGAGCGUUACACAAAACUAAUCGUUGGCGAGCAAGGGUUUGAUGACGAGUUUAGAGACGACGACCCUGACACGUCCGACGAAGAGGAGGACGAAAGGAUACCCCAUCACAAGUGA